AUGACUGAAAUCGUAAAGGAAGGUUACUUGAAUGUCAAAGAAGACGGUUUGAGAGCCUGGAUUUGGUCAAAACGAUACUGUGUUUUAAGAGAUCAGGCUCUGACUUUUCAUAGAAAUGAGCAAUCUGGACAAUGUGUUGCUCUCAUCUUUUUAAAAGAAAUCACUUCAGUCACUCGAACCGAUUUGAAACCUUACUGCUUUGAAGUUGCCACUAAAGACAAAACAUAUUAUAUUGCUUGCAAAAAUGAUGGAGAACUAUAUUCCUGGAUGGAUGAGAUAUAUAACAGAUCGACAGUGGGUGCUUCAGGACCAACCAAUUUUGUUCAUGAGGUUCAUGUUGGAUUUGAUCCACAUACAGGUGCAUUUACUGGAUUGCCUGACCAAUGGACCAAGCUAUUGAAAGGCUCAGCCAUUACGGCCGAAGACGCUGCCAAGAAUCCUCAAGCAGUUUUGGAUGUACUCGAAUUUUAUACAGAGCAGACAAAGCGAGAAGCAGAAGAAUAUGGUACUUCCAAUUUACAAGGUGCUGUCGAAAGAAUGAGUGAUGAUCGCUGGGCUGCUCUUAUUCAAGAAUCAAAACAGACCAAACCAGUACCCCAUAGACCGGCACCUCCUAGACCUGCACCUCCUCCACCUAUCGCUAGACGUCCUCAGGAUAUUCAUGACAUGAUGGAUGAAUUGUCCAUCAAGAGUCCCAAGUCACCCAUUGAUCCACGUUAUUCACCUAGUGAUCGUCUACCUCCUUCACCUGGAUAUCCCAGACCCGAGCCUUCCAAGUCUCAGAGAACUCCCGCUCGUACAACAAGUUUCUCUGCUCAUGAUGAAAGAGUCUUGAGAGAACGUGAACGAGUGGAAAUUGAAAUGCGUGAAAAGGAAAAGAAAUUGAGAGAACAAGAAAGAACCCAGCGUGAAAGAGAAAAAGCAGCUCAACAAGUAUCUGCUCCUAAAAAGAAGGUUGAGCAGCGUAUCAGUACGAUGAACGAGGCCCAAGUGAUGGAAUAUCUUAAAAACGUUGUUACUGCUGGUGAUCCAAAUGAAUCUUAUAAAAAACUGAAGCGUGUUGGUCAAGGUGCAUCUGGAUCUGUUUAUGUUGCCUUAUCACUUGCUACUAAUACCAAGGUUGCCAUUAAGCAAAUGGAUCUAAGUAGCCAACCCCGUAAGGAUUUGAUUGUCACUGAAAUCUUGGUCAUGAAGGAAUCUCAACAUCCCAAUAUUGUCAACUACUUGGACUCCUUCUUGAUUAGAAACAAUGAUCUUUGGGUCGUCAUGGAAUAUAUGGAAGGUGGUGCCUUGACAGAUGUGAUUGAUAACAAUACCAUGACUGAGCAACAGAUUGCUACUGUUUGUCAUGAGACAACGGCUGGUCUUUUGCACUUGCACAGUCAAAAUAUCCUCCACAGAGAUAUCAAAUCAGAUAACAUUCUACUGAACGCUCAUGGUCAGGUCAAGAUCAGUGACUUUGGUUUCUGUGCCAAGUUAACUGAUCAAAGAAGAAAGCGUGCCACUAUGGUAGGUACACCUUACUGGAUGGCCCCUGAAGUUGUCAAGCAAAAGGAGUACGGUGCCAAGGUUGACAUUUGGUCUCUUGGUAUCAUGGCUAUUGAAAUGAUCGAAAACGAGCCUCCUUAUUUGGAUGAAGAGCCCUUGAAGGCCCUUUAUUUGAUCGCCACGAAUGGUACACCUACAUUGAAGAACCCAGAAAGGCUUUCUAAAGAACUCAAGAGUUUCUUGGCUGUCUGUUUAUGUGUUGAUGUUCGAUCAAGAGCUACUGCUGAAGAACUGAUGCAACAUGAAUUCUUGAAGAAGGCAGGUCCUUUAGAAAUACUGGCACCUUUACUUAAAUUCAAAAAUAAACAUUAA